ACAACGUCCGGAAGAGGUCGCCAUGGCUUCUCAGGAGGAGGUACUCGCCUUACAAGCUGAAGUUGCCCAACGUGAGGAGGAAUUGAAUUCGCUGAAGCAGAAGCUGGCGUCGGCCCUUUUGGCUGAGCAGGAACCGCAGCCAGAACGGCUGGUUCCGGUGUCGCCGCUUCCGCCGAAGGCCGCUCUGUCCCGAGAUGAGAUUCUGCGCUAUAGCCGGCAGCUAGUGCUGCCCGAGCUGGGCGUGCACGGGCAGCUGCGCCUGGGGACCGCGUCCGUGCUAAUCGUGGGCUGCGGUGGGCUCGGCUGUCCACUAGCGCAGUACUUGGCAGCGGCCGGCGUGGGCCGCCUUGGCCUUGUGGACUAUGACGUGGUAGAGAUGAGCAACCUGGCCCGCCAAGUGCUGCAUGGCGAGGCACUGGCUGGCCAGGCCAAGGCCUUUUCGGCCGCCGCGUCGCUGCGUCGCCUCAAUUCGGCAGUGGAAUGCGUGCCAUACACUCAGGCCCUUACGCCAGCCACUGCCCUAGACCUGGUCCGCCGAUAUGAUGUGGUGGCUGACUGCUCGGACAACGUGCCCACUCGCUACCUGGUUAAUGACGCAUGUGUGCUGGCGGGUCGGCCCCUUGUGUCUGCCAGUGCCUUGCGCUUCGAGGGCCAAAUCACAGUCUACCAUUAUGACGGUGGGCCUUGCUAUCGCUGCAUAUUCCCCCAACCACCCCCAGCGGAGACAGUGACCAACUGCGCGGACGGCGGGGUGCUCGGUGUCGUAACUGGGGUCCUGGGCUGCCUGCAGGCCUUGGAAGUGCUGAAAAUCGCUGCGGGUCUGGGCCCCUCUUACAGUGGCAGCUUGUUGCUCUUUGAUGCCCUGAGAGGGCAUUUCCGCUGUAUUCGGCUGCGGAGCCGCAGGCUCGACUGUGCAGCUUGCGGGGAACGGCCCACUGUAACUGAUCUGCUGGACUAUGAAGCCUUCUGUGGCUCCUCAGCCACUGAUAAAUGCCGCUCCCUGCAAUUACUGAGCCCAGAGGAGCGUGUUUCUGUCACCGACUAUAAGCAACUUAUGGAUUCUGGGGCAUCUCACCUGUUGCUGGACGUCAGGCCUCAGGUGGAGGUGGACAUUUGUCGUUUGCCUCAUGCCCUACACAUCCCUCUGAAACAUUUGGAACGCAGGGAUGCGGAGAGCCUGAAACUCUUAAAAGAAGCAAUCUGGGAAGGGAAGCAGGGCACACAAGAAGGGGCUGCUGUCCCCAUUUAUGUGAUUUGCAAACUGGGAAAUGACUCACAGAAAGCCGUGAAGAUCCUCCAGUCCUUAUCAGCAGCUCAAGAGUUAGACCCUUUAACAGUUCGGGAUGUUGUGGGGGGCCUCAUGGCCUGGGCUGCCAAAAUCGAUGGAACAUUUCCACAGUACUAAGGUGACUGGUAUAGUCUGAUGAGAAAGAUGUGGAUUGCCAUAAUACCUCAAAGAUACACUUGUUUGCAUUUUUCAGUAAUAUACAUAGGAGUUGGGGAUUCUACAGUAUCUGUGAAUACAUGGACUCCUUUUUUAUAAGGAGUUUUAAAAAUUGUUAUGUAUUGGAUGACUUAUUAAUGGAUUAUACUGUUUCUGAGAACCAUCUUUUUUUUUUUUAGCACACGGAGGGUGUCUUGGACAUGUGAGAUGUAACGUGACAAGAUUUUGUAUUUUAAACUGCAGAUCAUUUACCUGUCCUUAUUUUCCACCUCCCCCAGUCAAAAUGCUUUCUAAAUCAUUUUCACAGAUUAUAUACUUAGGAUCUGUUUACUGUUCAGUUAAGAAAUUCUUGGAUCUUAUUAAUAUUUCAUACGAUAGAAUACAUCCUACAGAAAUACAUGUUUAAAAUGUAAAUUGUUUUAAUUAUUCAGAAAGGGGGUCAUUCUAUUUGGCAUUUUGAAUUAGUAUCAAAAUGAGAUUUUUUUUUUUUUUUUGAGAUGGAGUCUCGCUCUGUUGCCCAGGCUGGAGUGCAGUGGUGUGAUCUCAGCUCACUGCAACCUCUGGCUCCCACGUUCAAGCGACUCUCCUGCCUCGGCCUCCUGAGUAGCUGGGAUUACAGGCGCACGCCACCACGCCCGGGUAAUUUUUGUAUUUUUAGUACAGAGGGGAUUUCACCAUGUUUGUCAGACUGGUCUCAAACUCCUGACCUCGUGAUCUGCUUGCCUCGACCUCCCAAAGUGCUGGGAUUACAGGCAUGAGCCACCACACCCGCCCAAGAUCUUUAAAGUUUACCAAAAUAAAGGAAACCACCUUUGUAGUCUGUCAGUGCCUCUUAUAAAUUGCUACUGAAGAAAGUUAGCUUCAGGGUCCACCUUAUGUUGCACCCAUACAACAUUGUUUAAAUUGCAUACUAUGGUUUGACUUGCUUUGGAAUUUUCAAGUCAAAGUCCCAACCCUUUGCCUCUCCCUCUUUAAUUUGCCUUUUCUCUUUUGAUUUAAUGUUUUUUUAUUCCAGCAUUUUAUACUAAUGUAAAAUGUUUUUAUGUUUGUUUACUUAACAUUUUCAUAAAAUAGUAGGUAGUCUCCCCAACUUCCAAUAUAGACAACAACAUUGUAAGUAAAAAUUUGAUUUGUGAGUGCCUAUCAGUGGCCAGUUGAACUAAUGGCUUGUCAGGAGAGGGCCUGUUCCCUCACCAGUUGCUGCGUGCAGGCUUGUAAUCAUCAGUUGCUGCUGCUGUUUUUUAAGAGUGGCAGAAAUCACAGAUAUAACUACAAAAUCUUUGUGUCUCUGUUAACCAUUUUUUUAAAGCAUAAAUGUAUUAUAAGCCAGAAAAAACCCUUUGCAGACCAGAUUUACUUACCAAUUUGCAAUUUGUGGUAUAGAAUCUUGUUUUAUUAUAAGAGGGUGGUAUUUAACAAAUUCAAAAUUAGUCAUCAGUUUUUAACUGAAACGUUGUACCUAAUUCUUUGAACAGGUAUACUUAAAGUAUGGCAUACCCUUCUGUUAUAAAGAUGAAGCAGGUCUCUAUGACUGUUCCUCCCAAAGAGUUACGGACGUAAAUGACUGUGACCUGGAGUGG